AAGUUUCUAGAAUUUUAACCCUAAUGUCUCUCUCGCACUGCCUCUUCUUCUGUCUUUUCUUUACGCCGGUAACCUAGAAACAAGAAAGCAUGCUCUUUGUUCCGUCAAUCACGUCGCCACAACGCCGGUAACCUCCGUCGUCUUCUUUUCAGUCUACUGUUUUAACGCUGCAACAACAGGCAUACUGUUCGGCCGCCGCUGCUUCUGCUCGGUCUGAUAUUCGACCGCUACUACUUCCCUGCUGCCUCGCCGCUGCUUGUCAGAACCAGAGACCGGCAAUAAUGAGCAGCUGGAGAAGCCUUCUUCUUCGUAUUGGCGACAAGUGCCCGGAGUAUAGCAAUAGCACCGACCACAAAGAACACAUUGAAACUUGUUUUGGUGUUGUUCGGCGAGAGUUAGAGCACUCUGCAAAUGAUAUAUUGCAUUUCCUUCUCCAAUGUGCGGAGCAAUUGCCUCAUAAGAUUCCUUUAUACGGAACAUUGGUUGGCUUGUUGAACUUGGAAGAUGAAGAGUUUGUUUGGAAAGUUUUGGAGAAGAUUCGAACCAAUUUUCAAGACUCUUUGGAUUCUGGAAACUGCGAUAGCAUUCGUAUUUUGAUGCGCUUUUUGACUGCAAUGAUGUGCAGUAAAGUUCUGCAACCAGCUUCUCUUGUAGUUCUCUUUGAAACUUUGUUGUCAUCCGCCGCCACAACGGUGGAUGAGGAGAAAGGAAAUCCUUCCUGGCAAGCACGUGGAGACUUUUAUGUAACCUGUAUUUUAUCAUCUCUUCCUUGGGGAGGAUCUGAACUCGUUGAGCAAGUGCCUGAGGAGAUUGAAAGAAUCAUGGUUGGAGUAGAAGCCUAUUUGAGCAUUAGAAGGCACAAUUCUGACACUGGUUUAUCUUUUUUUGGGGAUGAUGAUCUUUCUGAGAAAGGCUUAACCGAAAAGGAUUUUUUGGAAGAUUUAUGGGAAAGGAUACAAGGACUAUGCAGCAAUGAAUGGAAACUUGACAGUGUUCCAAGACCUCAUCUCUCAUUUGAAGCUCAGCUGGUUGCUGGAAAGUCUCAUGAAUUUGGGCCCAUAAAUGCUCCUGAACAGCCUGAGCCACUUUUGCAGCUGUCUGGGGUUAUAUACGGAAAACAGAAGCAUAUUGCGGAGUUGAAGUAUCCUCAGCGUAUACGCAGGCUUAAUAUAUUUCCUGCAAAUAAAACUGAGGAUAUGCAACCUAUAGACCGUUUCAUUGUGGAGGAAUAUUUACUGGAUGUGCUUUUGUUCCUCAAUGGCUGUCGAAAGGAAUGUGCUUCAUAUAUGGUUGGCCUGCCUGUCACUUCCCGCUAUGAGUAUCUAAUGGCAGAAACAAUUUUCUCUCAGUUACUUUUGCUUCCUCAACCCCCAUUUAAGCCAAUGUAUUAUACGCUGGUUAUUAUGGAUCUUUGUAAGGCACUUCCAGGGGCAUUUCCUGCAGUUGUAGCUGGUGCAGUACGUGCACUUUUUGAGAGAAUAGCUGAUUUGGAUAUGGAGUGUCGUACGCGGCUCAUCCUUUGGUUUUCACACCAUCUGUCAAACUUUCAAUUCAUUUGGCCAUGGGAAGAAUGGGAUCAUGUCCUAGGCCUUCCUAAGUGGGCUCCACAGCGUGUCUUUGUUCAAGAGGUUCUGGAGAGAGAGAUUCGUCUAUCAUACUGGGACAAAGUUAAGCAGAGCAUUGAGAAUGCACCUGCUUUAGAGGAGUUGCUUCCACCAAAGGGUGUUCCAAACUUCAAAUACAGUACUGAAGAUGGCCAAGAAAGAUCUGAACAGCAUGCACUUUCUGCAGAACUCAGCAACAAGGUUAAGGGAAGGGCAACUGCCAAAGACAUCAUAUCAUGGGUAGAAGAAAGUUUAUAUCCCCAUCAUGGUUGGGAAGUUACCCUUUCUGUGGUUGUGCAAACACUUCUUGAUAUUGGGUCUAAGAGUUUCACUCAUUUGAUCACCGUUCUAGAGAGAUAUGGCCAAGUAAUCGCCCGAAUAUGUCAUGAUCAUGAUAAGCAGUUCAUGCUGAUAGCUGAAAUAAGUUCUUAUUGGAAGAAUAAUACCCAAAUGACAGCUAUUGCAAUUGACAGAAUGAUGGGUUAUCGGCUUUUAUCCAAUUUAGCUAUUAUAAAAUGGGUCUUCUCUCCAACUAGCAUUGAGCAAUUUCAUACAUCUGAUCGUCCAUGGGAGAUCCUUAGAAAUGCUAUCAGCAAGACUUACAAUCGCAUAUGUGACUUGAGGAAAGAGAUCUCUUCUCUUAAGAAUAGUGCUGUAUUAGCAGAAGAUGUUGCAGCCAAGGCAAAAGCUGAGUUAGAUGCUGCUGAAUCUAAGCUUACUCUUGUAGAUGGUGAACCUGUGCUUGGUGAAAACCCUGCAAAGAUGAAACGCUUAAAAUCAAAUGCUGAAAAGACAAAAGAAGAAGAGGUGUCUGUGCGUGACUCAUUGGAGGCUAAGGAGGCCCUUCUUGCUCGAGCCCUUGAGGAAAAUGAGGCAUUGUUCCUCUCAUUGUACAAAAACUUCUCAAAUGUGUUGAUGGAACGCCUGCCAGAAGCAUCUAAAAUUGAAACCUUGCAUGAUUUGAAAUCAACUCAAGCUGAUGAAAUGGCUGUUGACCCUGAUGAAUCCUCAGAAAUGGAUAUGGAUAAUGAUAAUGGAAGACCCAAAAAAAGUCAAUCCAAUGGCGACAAGUCGAGCAAUAUCUAUAGCAUAGGUGAAAAAGAGCAGUGGUGUUUGUCAACUCUGGGCUACGUGAAAGCCUUUUCGAGACAGUAUGCCUCUGAGAUAUGGCCUCUGAUCGAGAAGUUGGACGCGGAGGUAUUAACGGAAAAUGCACAUCCUCUUUUCUUGAAGGCAGUUUACGACGGUUUGUGCCGGCAAGUUAUUAAACUGUGAUCAAGCUUUAUAGUAUUGUUUAUAUGUAUGAAUGGGACAAAGGAAAUCCUAGAAUAGCCAGCCACCUUGUUUAAGAGGAACGCUAACUAAGCCUCUCUUAUUGCGAGUCUUGUUAAAUUAUAUUUAUGAGUCAGCUGAGUGGUUUCAUAAUGCUUUCAUUCAUCAUUCAACCUAGAAAAUAGCUUAGAUAAUUGUCUGUCUUAAUAUUUACGAUAAUUACUAAAUUUCACAUGAGUUAUUAAGGCAGUUUAUGAUGGUUUGUGCUGGCAA